AUGGACUUGAAGGGUAAAAGACUUCUUAGAUUUGAUUGUGAGGACUGUCAGUCUGGUUUCAGGCUGAUUCCUUCUCUGAUUGCGAAAACUGACAAAUUGGAAACGGAAUUAAAGUCUCUACUUGAUAAACCUCAUGGAGUCGCGGUAUCUGAAGCAAGUAUCAUCAAGGAUUUAAACAAUCGCCAAAAAAGAACAAGCAGUAUCAUGAUUUAUAAUCUUCCUGAAAAUAAUAAUCGACAUAAAAGUGAUACUGAUGAAAUCAAGGACAUAAUAAAAGAAGUUACAACUUAUAUCAUAUUGCGAUUUUUCUCUUAA